AUGUACACCCCCUCGAAGCUACUACUACUACUGCUCGCCGUGCUCGUGCAGGCGGACUCCUUCUCUGACUACGGCUGCUAUUCCGAAAGCGACAUCCUGUCCUUGCUCACGCUGCAAGGCUCGUAUACCUACCAGACACCGUCGUACUGUGAGCAGCUCUGCGAGGGCGAAAAGGUCGCCGCGGUCAUGGACGGCAAAUACUGCUACUGCGGGCUGACGGUCCCGGCGUCAUCCUUGGAGGUCGAUAGCUCCAAGUGCGACGUGGCGUGCCAAGGAUACGGCAGCAUCACGUGCGGCGGCGACGGGUACUUCGAGGUCUACGUGAACGACGACGUGGACGGCUCCACCAUGUCUGUUUCGUCGUCGUCGUCCUCGACGAAAUCAUCCUCGAAAUCGUCCUCGAAGUCGACGUCUUCGUCGACCAAGACAUCCUCGUCAAGCUCGUCAUCAUCGCAGUCGCUGGGUUCAGCAUCCUCGCAGCCCGGGAAUUCAGCGGGCUCGCUGGGCGCAACGCAGGCCGCGUCCAAUACGCAGACCAGCUCGUCUGCAAGCCAAGCCAGCGGCUUCACGACCAUUGUUUCGACAGUCACGUCCUCUCCCAGCGGGACCUCGGGCUCCAUCGUUGCAGUCACCACCACCGUAGCAUCAGGAAACUCAAGCAGCAGCAGCAGCAGCUCGUCAGAAACCACCAAGUCUCUGGGCGUGCUGGGAGGCCAGAUUGCGGGAGCCGUCGUCGGCUCGAUUGGCGGGGUGGCUGUCGUGUCUUUGAUCGUAUUUUUUGUUCUCCGGUGGCGCAAGAACCGCGACGAGGACGACGAUGAUGACGACUUUGUUUUCUCGGACAAUAAGCGGGCCCAGUUGGGCGAGUUCGACUCCGUGACCCCGCACACCUUUGUGGGAGGCGGUGCUGCCGCUGCCGCAGGCACCCACACGCACAACAACUCGAACACAGACCGCUCGUACUCCUCAAACAACGAAGACGCGUUCUAUUUUGCGAACGAUGCUGAAAGGGAUAACUACUACGCCAACAACACGGAGUACGGCCGUCGCCGCUUGUCCAACGGCUCAUUGCCUGAUAUGCUCACGCGGAACCCUGGGUCGCUACAGGUGGUCAACAAUUGA